AUGGGCACCACUUUGUUGUCCCUGCUGGAGCCCAAAGAACCGCGCAGGACGCGAAUCGAGCCCGUGGACGCCGUUGUGGACUUCACGCCGGGCAACUUGUACGAUAUUGCGUGCGUGCCGGGCACCACCGCGCAAUGGGAUAUACUAUUCGGUCUUUUGGAUCACAAUACCCAGUCCGCUGUAAUCAGCGCCCAUUCGCAUAUUCCUUGGCAUAACUACAAUGGAGACAAGACCAACGUCGACCUGCUCCGCGUUGACACUCUCACCAAGCUGAUUUCCCUAGUGCAAAACUUCGAUUUCUCCCGGUAUAAACUGGUAAUCAUCGACGAUUUCCAUUCUCUGUAUCAGUUUGCACUGACAAAUCUCCGAGACAAACGCAAGAGCGAGCACCAGCGCUACAAACGAGACGUCAACGGACACAGAAAAGACCAGCAGAGCCCCACGCGCAAGCUCCAGCUGGUUAUCCAGAACCUGCUGCUUCUACUCAGCAACGAGUGCCAGAAACAUGAUCUAAUCGUCAUAACCACGGGCAAGAUGGUCAACAUGAGUCAGAGGUUUUUCUCGAAAUCGCAGCCCGCAUCCACACAGGAAGAAGACGAGGAUACCUCCGUCUUGCAGCAGAUAAUGGUGCCCAUCCUGCCUUUGAACGGCCCCUGGUCGGGCCAGUACGCUAAACGUCUGGUGAUCUAUAAAGACUGGGUCAAAAACGGCAGCCAGGCCGGCCUGGACAAGUCUCUGACCAUUGUGGACUACAUACAGCUGAUGGAGAAAGGCCAGAUGCGCGUGUGUCCGCAAUUUCUGUGUAUAACCUCCGGUAAUGGCGAGCGGACGUUUCAAUCUGGCUGGUGGUGA